UCUGGUUUGACAGCUGUUUGUGUCGGUCUUUCAGAAAGCAACAGCUCCACCAUGGAGGAGGACCAGUGCUACUACAACGAGACCAUCGCCUUCUUCUACAACCGCAGUGGCAAGUACCUUGCCACAGACUGGAACACGGUCAGUCGGCUGGUGAUGGGCCUGGGAAUCACCGUGUGCAUCUUCAUCAUGCUCGCCAACCUCCUGGUGAUGAUCGCCAUCUACGUGAACAGGAGAUUCCACUUCCCCAUCUACUACCUGAUGGCCAACCUGGCGGCCGCCGACUUCUUUGCUGGACUGGCCUACUUCUACUUGAUGUUCAACACGGGGCCAAACACGCGGCGUCUCACCGUUUCCACGUGGCUGCUGCGUCAGGGUUUGAUCGACACCAGCUUGACGGCGUCAGUGGCCAAUCUCUUAGCCAUCGCCAUCGAGCGCCAUAUCACCGUGUUCCGUAUGCAGCUGCACACACGCAUGAGCAACCGGCGUGUGGUGGUGGUGAUUGUCAUCAUCUGGACCAUGUCCAUAGUCAUGGGCGCCAUCCCCAGUGUGGGCUGGAACUGUAUCUGCAGUCUAAGGUCGUGUUCCAACAUGGCUCCACUCUACAGCAACUCCUACCUGGUGUUCUGGGCGGUCUUCAACCUGGUGACGUUCGUGGUCAUGGUCACACUCUACGCACACAUCUUCAUGUACGUGCGACAGAGGACCAUGAGGAUGUCACGGCACAGCUCUGGGAGCCGGCGGAAUCGGGAUACGAUGAUGUCGCUGCUAAAAACCGUAGCCAUCGUCCUAG